UUUUGUAUUAUUUAAAAUUUUCUCCGUAAUUUUCCCUCAAAUCAAACUCAAAUAAUAAUGUCAUUCUUUCGCAGUGAACCCAUGUCAUUGUGCCAAAUAGUCUUGCACACCGAAUCCGCCUUUAAUUGUCUAAUUGAAUUGGGUUAUGUGGGAAAAGUGCAAUUUCGUAAUAUUUAUGAUGGCAGCACGGUGGCAAAUAAUCUCUAUGCCACCGAGAUAAAAAGAUGCCACGAACUGAAACGUAUAAUUAGUUAUUUACAACAAGAAAUUGAAGAUUUAAACAUAAAAAUCGUUAUUUAUCCGGAUGUUGAUGAAGAUGAAAUACCGGAGGCAGAUGAUUUAAAAACGAUGGAAACAACGGUGCAGCAAUACUAUGAAGAAUUAACGCAAGUGGCGGGUAAUGUGGAUGUUUUUAAAAGGCAAAGUCGUCAGCUGUACGAACGUUUAGAGGUUUUGGAAAAGGCGGAUAUAUUUUUGGGUGCCCAGGGUGUAAGACCAGAGGCGAUAAUGGCCUGGUCGGAUAGUGUUAUAAGGCUGUUAUUGCAAAAUGAAUUGAAUGCUGAGGACGGAAAUGAGGGCGUACAUUUGUCCUUUUUUACGGGCACUAUAGCGGUGGAAAGAUUUCAGCCGUUCGAAACCAUGUUGUGGCGGGUUACUAGAGGUUAUUUCUUUAUAAAACAUGAAGAAAUGAAGCCUUUGGAUAAGGAAAAUUUUACAAGGAAAUAUGUUUUUAUGGUAUUUUUCUUGGGCUCAGAGUUAAGGAAAAAAAUUGCCAAAAUCUGUCAAGGUUUUGGUAUACAACUCUUUGAAUGUUCGGAAUCGCUGCAGGAGCGACGCCUAGAAGCUGAACAUAUAAAACAGGAAAUGCAAGAUUUAGAAGCAAUUAUAAAACGUAUUAAAACGCAUUGUUUUAACUUACUGCUCUUGGCCUCGGCCGAUAUUUAUAUCUGGCGCGUUAAGGUAGAUAAAAUGUUAAAGGUCUAUUACGUACUCAAUCGCAUGAGUCGUAUCAGACAUUUGCAUUUAGACAAAUAUCUACAGGCUGAAUGUUGGAUACCUACGCAUGAUGUGGAAAGUGUUAGAGUGGCUUUAUUGCAGGGCGCCCGACGUACCGCUAAAGAUAAUUCACGUUCUAUGUUUAUACCAUUGCUGAAUGAGCUUCAGAAACGAAAUCUAAUGGAUUUAGAUAAACCCACCUAUUUUGUAUUGAAUAAAUUUACUCAAGGUUUUCAAAAUCUUAUCGAUUCAUAUGGUAUAGCUCAAUAUCAGGAAUUGAAUCCGGCUCCCUAUACCAUUAUAACAUUUCCUUUUCUAUUUGCUGUUAUGUUUGGUGAUAUCGGUCAUGGUGUUAUAAUGUUUUUAUUUGGUUUAUGGAUGGUUUUAAAAGAGCAAAAAUUGGAGGAACAGAAUCGUUUUGCUGCGCAACAAAGUGAAAUUUGGAAUAUCCUAUUUGCGGGUCGUUAUAUUAUCUUACUAAUGGGUGCCUUUUCCAUUUACACGGGUUUUAUCUAUAAUGAUUGCUUCUCCAAGUCUUUUAAUAUAUUUGGUUCUUCUUGGCGGGCGGAUUUGAAUAAAACUACUGUUCUUCAUGCCCACUAUAUACAACUGGAUCCUUAUGAUCAACAACAAUAUCUGGGAACUCCCUAUGUUUUUGGCAUGGAUCCGGUAUGGGAUGCUUCGGGAGAAAAUGCUAUUAUUACUUUCAAUUCUUUAAAAAUGAAAUUGGCCAUUAUUUUAGGUGUGGCUCAAAUGUGUUUUGGCCUAAUCCUCUCGGCAUUUAAUCAUAUACAUAAAAAGGACUAUGUGGAUCUACUAUUGGUGUUUCUACCUCAACUGACUUUUCUCUUAAGCAUUUUUGCCUAUUUAGUAUUUUUAAUAUUUUUCAAAUGGUUGCAAUUUGGUGGCCACACCAAAACACCCUACAACUCGGCCUGUGCUCCCAGCAUAUUAAUUGUAUUCAUCAACAUGUUGCUAAUGAAAGGCCCCGAAGAGCCUCCGGUAGGUUGUGAAAUUUGGAUGUUUGACUUACAGCCUUAUUUACAAAUAGUUUUGCUUACCCUGGCCCUCAUUUGUAUACCGUUACUGUUGGCUGGUCGACCGGUUUAUUUCAUGAUACAAGAGAAAAAUUUACAAAAAAUCAAAAAUGAGGCUUUAAGGAAGACCAGGACUCUUAGUACCUUAACAAAUAUGAGAAAAUCUUUAGUCUACAACGUGGAAAGUUCUUUACAUCCGGUGAAAUCGGAAAUAGCUAAAAAGGAAGCGGCAGAGAGUAAAACAGAUUUAAGUGAAUUGUGGAUACAUUCGGGCAUUCAUUGCAUCGAAAGCAUAUUGGGCUCAGUCUCCCACACUGCCUCCUAUUUACGUUUGUGGGCUUUGUCAUUGGCCCACGAUCAACUAUCGACAGUUUUAUGGAAUAUGGUCUUAAAAAUUGGUUUAACUGGUCAGCGUGGCUAUUGGAAUAGUUUGGUCUUGUAUAUGGUGUUCAUUUUCUGGUCCAUUUUAACGGUGGCCAUAUUAGUGGUCAUGGAGGGUUUAUCAGCAUUUCUGCAUACCUUGCGUCUACACUGGGUAGAAUUUCAAUCGAAAUUUUAUGCUGGCAGUGGUGAGGUCUUUCAGCCCUUUCGUUUUGAAAAAAGUUCACCUCAUUAUGAAGAUUAAAAAUUUGCUUAAAAUAUUCUUCAAACUUCAAUUAUUUUAAAAACGAAAAUUAUUUCUCUUUUAACCGCCUCUAAAAUUGCCAACGUAUUUUCCAAACACUUCUACUUAAAGAAAAUUUCUUUGCUUUUACAAAAACAACAAAAUUUUAUAUAUAAAAGUAUUCAAGGUCAAUUUCUAUAGAUUUUUUUUCUUAUUUUAUUUUUAUUUCUUUGUAUAAGUUAAUUUGUGUGUGUAUC